AUGCUGUCCGCAGAAUGGUUCAUGCCGCCGCAGGCACUGGUGCCGGCGGUGGUCCUGAUCGUAUACCUAGUCUACAACUACUUGAUCUUUCCAACCCCUCGUUCAAUCGCCAAAUUGAGAUUCCUCAACGUCGAGCCCGGUACAUGGGCGCCGUAUUAUCGGGCACUCUACCGCAACACCUUGGACUUGAAAAAGACGCUUCGCCUGCACCACACACAACACAAGAAUGAGACGGUCCGCGUCCCCAUCCUGGGCCCGGGCCAAAACAAGCUGAUCCUGCUGCCCUCUGCCGAAAGAAAAUGGCUCGUGGAUCAGCCCGACUCCAUCGUGAGCAUGCACGACCAGACCAUCAACCACUUCCAAUGGGAUCUUGGCACCAUUUAUCCCACUCGGGAUCACAACCAGGUGACCAUCCACAUCAUAGCCACCAAGCUCACCCGGGAGAUCGGCAACCUGAUUCCAGCCCUCUCGGACGAGCUUGACCUCGCCCUGGCGAAGCACUGGGGCGACGAAGACGACGGCGAGUGGAAGGAGGUGGGCGUUUACGACACGCUGAGACCCAUCAUCAGCCAGGCAAUCAACCGCAUCUUCAUCGGGAAGAGACAUUGCCGAAACGAAGAGGUGCUCGAAACCGGCUUCUCGUACGCAAAGGUCAUUCCUCUCGAGGCGAACCUGCUCUGGCUGCUUCCGACCCCGCUGCGUCGUCUCCUGGCGCCUCUGCUUACCUUGCCAUCCCGCUGGUGCGAGAGGAAAUGGUUCAGGCUCACAAUCGACGAGGUUCGCAGACGGUUGGAGGCCAGAGGCCAUCCGCAACAACACGGCACGGGAUCCGCGACUGCUGGCUGGCAAGACGAUGAAGAAGCAGACGAACCCGACCUGCUGAGCUGGUACAUUGCGUACGGAGAAUCCCAGGGCGACCCGUACCUCCUGGACCCGGAAGUCCUCUCGGCGCGCAUCUUACUCCUCAACGCCUUCGCGCUGCACACCAACGUCUUCGCCAUCGUGCACAUGAUCCUCGACAUUGUCGGUUCCGGCGCCGAACAGGGUCCAAAGAUUGUGGCCCAGCUCCGUCAGGAAAUCAACGAGGUCCGCGCCGCCGACGGCGGGCAGCAGCAAGGGUGGGACAAACGAUCGCUGGCCCGGCUCGAGCGGAUGGACAGCAGCUUCCGGGAAAGCCAGCGCGUCAACACCAUCUUGAGCCUGGGCCCGCUGCGCAUCGUGGGCAAGGACGGCGUCACGACCCCUUCCGGCGUCCAGAUCCCGCGCGGCUACCAAGUCGGAAUCCCGGCGUACUCGAUCCACUUUGAUACUGACAUCUACGGGCCGGACGCGGAGGCUUUCAACCCGUUUCGCUUCUACGAUAAGCGAAAGGAUGCGCGAGGGGCCGGUGACAACAUCAAAGGAGCGAGGCAGGCAUGGGCCACCACGUCAGCCGACUACUUGUCCUUUGGGGCCGGGCUGAACAGCUGUCCCGGACGUUUCUUUGCCUCUGGGAUGUUAAAGGUGCUGAUGGCCAAUAUCCUGCUCAAAUAUGACUUUGAGUUCCAAGAAAAGAGAGCAGAGAAUCUAUGGUUUGGAACAAACCACAUACCGCCGCUCAAGGCAAAGAUUAGAAUCAGGAGGAGACAGUGA